AUGAAAAAUUUGAUUGUGAAAGCAGCCCUAUCCCCGUGCGAAGAUAGCGGUAUCAAUUUAUUCUCAAGGGGCAGAAUGUCUGAUCUAGAUUAUGCAGACAAAGGUGUGCUACUAAGUGAAGAUCCAGGUAUGCCGGACCCCUUCACAGCAGCCGUGGCAGCUGCUGUAACUGGUAGUUCGGCAGCUCAGGCGGAAUACUAUCAAGCAUAUCAACAAUACUACCAGCAGUACUACGCAUCUCAAUAUGCGGCCCAGUUUUACGCUGCGAGCAGUGCCACGGACACAUCCACCACCUCUGCUGGGCUCACAAGCAUUUCGGGGGAUCGAGGAACCACAACAUCAUCUUCGAAUCACGAAUCGAUUGUGCAACAAAAUGCGGUCCUUGACGAGGUGGCCUCACAGUUAUACGCUCGCGCAUUACAACGCGCUCAUGGUCGUGGUUCACAGGAAUAUGCACCCGCUGGCGUGGCUGAAGCUCCGACUUCCUUGUUGUAA